GGCCCAAGGAAAGCCCAGUACAGCUAAUCCAGCCCGUCUAAAAUCAUCCGCAGAAGCUGAGGCUUGGAUGUUUGGCUUUUGUAACGCACUGCAGCUGUUCGAAGAAAUGCCAGUGAAGGACUCAAAUUACUGACAAGAUGAUUCCGAGGCCGCUGAGAAUCUUUGCUACCGGAACGGCGAUUAUCCUGGGUGGCCUAGUUGUUCUCAAUGUCACUUCAGCCGUCUGUGUUAGCGCCCUUCGCGCCGCCACCGAGUCAAAACGGCGAAAGCUUGCGUUGCCUUGUAUGCUUUGUAAAGGGAAAGGCUUUUAUCUAUGCAAGCUGUGCAAAGGCAAUGCAACCAUUGAGUGGUCGCCUCUCUAUGAUCCCGUUGCAAUGAAUCCUUGUCUCUGCCCUACUUGUGACGGUAACAGGGUACAACGCUGUUUAAAUUGCCUUGGGAAGGGCUACACUUGACUUGUUAGAAGCACAACUCCAGUCUCUUACUUUCUUUGUCUAAACUUGUAACUAAUUAUGUAAAUCACAGCUUCAUCUCUGCUUAUGCUUAUGAAUCUUUGAUUAUUACAUAUGGGAUUUGUUCAUUUUGGUUCCAUAGUCACCAAUUGGAUAAAUGUUUUAUGCUUCAUCUAGGUAACUCUUGGCUCUGAUUUGUCUUCA